AUGGGUCAGAUGCAUUCCAAGGGCAACGCCGGCUCGGGCGACCCGUUGCAAUCAUACCCGUCAUUUUCCAAAUCGGACACCAAAGAAUCCCUCCGCUCCUUCCGCGGCUCCAUUCGCUCGAAAAUUCCCGGUGCGCGGAGCACCGACAGCCCCCGGGGGUCCACGACCGCGCUUUCGCAGACCGAGAGCCAGACGGACAAGUCCGAUGCCGGUUCAAUCAAGUCGUCGAGCAGCCGACCCGGUUCGAAUGCCGGCCUGCCCCAAUCUCCUGCAUCCGAAAGCACGUCCCGACCUGCCUCCCCCGAGCCUCCGCCCUCUCCGUCACUGUCAACUAGCUUGAAGCGAGGCCACAAAGAUGUGAAUGCGAUGCAGCAGAGUGGUGAGGUGGAUCUCGUGUCCGAGGGUCCUCCCACAGGCGGACCGCCAUCCGGAGCGGCUCCUGCUGCCCCGGUGGAGUCCAUUCUGGUAAAGCGGGAGAACCAGCUCAAUCCUAUCUUGGACUUCAUCAUGAAUGCUCCACUGGAGACCUCCGGCUCCCCCGGGAUGGGCAUGGGUGCUUUGAAGUCGAUCGAUCUGGAUGAUAUGAUUGGGCGACUCUUGGAUGCAGGAUAUUCCACCAAAGUCACCAAGACCGUAUGCCUGAAGAAUGCAGAGAUCACUGCCAUCUGCACAGCGGCUCGUGAGCUUUUUCUGUCUCAGCCUGCUCUGUUGGAGCUGUCGGCUCCCGUCAAGAUCGUCGGCGAUGUCCACGGUCAAUACACCGAUCUCAUCCGACUCUUCGAAAUGUGUGGAUUCCCGCCAAACUCCAACUAUCUCUUCCUGGGCGAUUAUGUCGAUCGGGGGAAGCAGAGCUUGGAAACGAUUCUCCUGUUGUUGUGUUACAAGCUCAAGUACCCGGAAAACUUUUUCCUGCUUCGAGGCAACCACGAAUGUGCCAAUGUCACGCGGGUUUAUGGGUUCUAUGAUGAGUGUAAGCGGCGUUGCAACAUCAAGGUCUGGAAGACCUUCAUUGAUACUUUCAACUGUUUGCCGAUUGCUUCGAUUGUUGCCGGGAAAAUCUUCUGUGUUCAUGGGGGCCUCUCUCCCAGUCUUUCGCACAUGGACGAUAUCCGAGGUAUUGCUCGUCCCACGGACGUGCCCGACUAUGGUUUGUUGAACGAUCUGUUGUGGAGUGAUCCUGCAGAUAUGGAAGAAGAUUGGGAGCCCAACGAACGGGGCGUGAGCUAUUGUUUCGGCAAGAAGGUAAUCUUGAACUUCUUGCAACGUCAUGACUUCGAUCUGGUGUGUCGUGCACACAUGGUGGUCGAAGACGGAUAUGAGUUUUAUCAGGAUCGGAUUCUGGUGACGGUGUUUUCUGCUCCUAAUUAUUGUGGUGAAUUCGAUAACUGGGGGGCCAUCAUGUCGGUCUCGGGUGAACUCCUUUGUAGCUUUGAGCUGCUGAAGCCCCUGGACUCAGCUGCGUUGAAGAACCACAUCAAGAAGGGCCGAAACAAGCGCAACAGCAUGCUUAAUAGUCCUCCUGCCGCGGUAUCAGCGCAGAGCUUUUAG